AUGACUGGUUCAGGAACUGGAAGACCUAAGCUAUUCAGGGUCCCCACCAUACCUCUGGCCACGGUUUCAAAAGACCUCACCAAAAUCCUAUCUCAAAUGGAACGUACCAUGGAAACCAUGAUGUGCAUGUUCCCCAGGUUUGCUGGGGAUAAAGGCUACUUAACAAAGGAGGACCUAAGAGUACUCACGGAAAAGCAGUUCCCUGGAUUUUUUGAAAAUCAAAAAGGCCCUCUGGCUGUGGACAAAAUAAUGAAGGACCUGAACCUAGACCUGGACCUAGACCAGUGCCGAGAUGGCAAAGUGGACUUUCAGAACUUCUUUUCGCUAACUGCUGGGCUCACCACCGCAUGCAAUGAGUAUUUUGUAGUAUACAUGACAUGGAAGAGAAAGAAGUAG